AUGGCUCCCAGAUUAGUGACCCGGAGGCUCGCGCUUCAUCCCGCAGGCUCUCGACCGCGAUGCCUGAGAAGCUUCGCCAUUCAGUCCCGCCUCACGACGACAACGAACCGCUCACGACCGAUCCUCCCCUUCCUCUUCAUACCCAGAUCGAGCCCAAACUCAGUACGGCGCUUCACAUCCGAGCGAAAGCGGUGGUGGAAACAUGAGGCGAAGCUGGUCGUGCGCUACACGCUGACGCUCUGGGGAGUCGUCAUCUGCGUCUUGACCAUCUUCUUCGCCUUCAACGAAGAGGCCAUCGAGAGAGAGUUCCCGACGCCGCCCGAAUGGCACUACCUGACGAGAAAGUUCCUCCGCGACGCGAACAACUUCAAGGACCCAAAGAACGGCCACAUCAACUGGGCGCGGGCGCUGGAGCUCUCGCGCGGCGUCGUCAUCCGGCUGGAAGACCCCGCGGUGGACGGCCAGGAUGUGGUGAAGCUAUCGGACGCAGUUGAUCCCCGGCUGGAGGUGCCGGGCGAGUUCAUCGCAUGCGACAUCUCGGCCAAGUCGGAGGAGUGGCGCAGGGGCUACUUCGAGGCCAUCAUGCUCGCCGCCAAGGCCGCGGAGCACGUCGACGGCUGGCUGCGAGACACGACGCGCAACAUCGUCACCCCUCCCGAGUUCGUCAUUGGACCGUCGAACCCUCACCCGACCCCGAUCCCGCCGGGGAACCCGUCCGCCCCGCGCGAGGAGGACUGCGAAACCGCCUACCCCUCCGCCGACAACUGGUAUACCAAGAUCCUGGCGACCAAGGGCCUGACCCCGCGCCAAAAGGUGCAGGCAUGCCUGGAAUUCGCCAGCUUCAUGGAGUUCAAGAAUAACACCGAAGGCGCCGACUCUCUCUACCAACUGGCCCUGGCAGAGGCAACCUCCGGCCUGGACCCCAGGAAGUUGCCCUACGACCCAAUGACCUUGAUCCUUAAGGAGCGUGCUGAGCCUCCCUCCUUGAACCUCCUUGACGCCCUCACAGCCACAGCCAACCAUAUAGCCCGCAAGGGCGACGUCACCUCCGCCCUACCAAUCUACCUCUCCAUCCUAAAAGCCCGCCGCUCCCUCUCCGACGAUCCUCCCCGCGCAGCCACCCCCAAACGCAAACCCCAAUCCUUCACCAGACAGAUUCUCAGCUUCUUUGCUCCUCCUGAUUACCCCCCUCCUCCCCCAGACGGCACCCAGCCUCCCUGGCGAAGCCCUUUUGAGCGCUGCCAGGAAGCCGCUCUCAACCUCUACAUUGGCGAAAUCCUCUACGCGACGGGCUCCAAAGACGACGGCCUAGCCUGGACAAGAGACGGCGUGGAUCUGGCAGAGGAGCAGCUCCGAAGCCCGAAACUCAGCCAAGACACCGCCCGCGAGGCAAAGUCCACGUGCAGAAACUGCCUGUCCACGGGGCUGGACAACUGGUCCGUCAUGGUAUCGAGACUGGCAAGGGAGGAGAAGAAGAAGAAGGCGUCUGGCUCUCCGUCGUCCAUGUUCUCCUUCUGGAGCGGCGGGUCGUCGCAGGACUCGGAAAGUCGCUGGGAGGCAGAGGAGGUGGUGAUCCAGGACCGCAUGAAGCGGACGCGGGAGCUGUUGGAGGAUGUGCAGGCACCAAAGCCGGGCAUUGUGUCCUUCUUUAAGGUAUAA